GAUUGGUAAGGAGUUGGAGGCGGGCCCUUACCAUUUCCUUCUCUAAUUGUCUCUCCAUCUCUGUCCCUCUCUCCUCUUCCCUUUCUCUUUCUCGGAUUCUUAGCUUUUGGUUCCAUGACGGCGGGAGAGCGAGAGCUUCUCGGCUUCUCGUCUGGAUACUCUUCUCCUCUUCCCUGUGUGAUCGCUUCCGAUAGCCUGGGACUUGUUUCCUUUCCGACAAGAGAUUGAGGGAGAGAUGACGGGAGACUGUGGAGAGGGAAUUGGAGGGAUUUGAGGCGGAGAUUUUGGCUCUCUUUUUCCUGUUAAUUUGUAAUUCGAAGAUUUCUUUCUUUUUCUUUGGGGCAGCAAGAAGAGAAGGGCGUGGGGGGGUGGUGUCAUGAUGUCGACGGGGCUUAAUCUGGUGAUGACGGUGAUCGGAUUCGCGGUGAGCACCAUGUUCAUAGUGUUCGUGUGCACCAGGCUCAUCUGCGCGAGAAUCCAGCUGAGGGCCUCCAGGAGGGCAUUCCCCACCGCUUCCAGAUCCGAUCUCAGCGUCCUGGAACGUGGGAUCCAUGGAUUGGAGCCAGUAAUAGUAGCAAGCUUUCCAACAAAGAAGUUUGGUGAUCAGUACUUUUCAUCUGGACAGGAUAUUCAGUGCACAGUAUGUCUUGCAGAAUACCAAGAAAAAGAUGUAUUGCGCAUUCUUCCAUACUGUGGACACACGUUCCACAUUACAUGCAUAGACAUAUGGUUAAAACAACAUUCGACGUGCCCUGUGUGUAGAAUUUCAUUGCGAGAUUCUCCGGAUAGGAAACGUGCAAUGCAGCCUGUCUACAGUGCAGCCAGUAGGUCCUAUCAUCCAGAAACUGUUGAGUCGGAUCCGUGUCACAACCGACUUGCAGGCCAUGGUUGUUCUGCUUGGACGUCGGAGAACCAGAGAAUGGACUCCACUCGGACAGAUCACUUCAGUUCCGAGCCAUCGGGAACCUUGGGUACGCUUUCAACGUUGUCGGAGGUCGACCGCUCCAUUAAAAAUGCUCGCCGCCAUGAAACAGAGGGAAAGCACAUCGAAAGUCCAUCAUAUUCUUAGCAAUUCAGAAGUACAGAAAUACAAUUCAAGGUGUUUGAGAUUGCUCUCCAUGACAAUCUAAGUUGCAAACGAGGUCUUUUUAGAAACUAACAUCAGAUUACACCAAACUAUUCGCCUAGAGCUGAUUGUUCCUCUUCUUUGGGGCUUGAUGUACAUAUGCCGAUGAUUCUCAAGUGGUGGAAUCAGCCAGUUUCUGGGCCCCAAUCCUUUUUCGUGCAGCUAUAGAAGGAGAAACCAGAGUUUGAUUUUUCUGAUGGUGCCCUGUUUUGAUGUUGCAGCAUUUCUUUCGGUACAUUAUUUGAACGUCUUCCUUUUCCAGCGACAGGAACUGGUAGAUUCUCUUCGUCUUUGAAAUAUGACUGCAAAGUUCCUGGAUCUCAAUUCCUUCAAUAUUCCACCGACUGGAAGGCCGAGGCUGCAACUUUCUCGUGUUACUGUAUGAAUCCAUGGAGCACGACAUCUGCUGUUCAUCAUCAUUUCCUAGUAAUUCCUUCUAAGCCUUCGGCAUCUUUUGUCGUAAAACGCUGGUACCGGUCAGCAAGCUAAACAUGCAAUUGGCCGAGUCGCUCCGAUGCCGCAGCCUUUCAUCCGCCUUCUGACACCGCACGUGGAUGGAAUCAUGUAAAAGCCGGUGGCUCUUCAUCCGAGUAUGCUUUAUGUCUGUCGAGGAAGCACGUGCUUUAGAUCUUCAUCUGGUACAUCAACAUCAGCUAUGCGGGCUUUCCUGGGGAAUUGAUGCGAACUGGGAAGCAACUAGCAAGCAAUACGCUAAUCUUUUGAAAGGCUGGUGUAAUUUAUGUAUACUUGCAUCAGCCAUCUAGAUCGAAGAGCCUAAUGUGUACUUGGAGAGAAUCAUAUUGUUGUGGAAGUAAGAGGUUUCGAACUUAAUCCUAUAUCGGUUAGGAAGCGGAAA